AUGGGAAGAAGUACUAUUAAAAAAGCAAUGGAUUCAGUCUUGGUAAUAUUCUUUAUAGGAGUAAUUCUGUAUCUUAUAUACUAUUCUAUAUAUAACAUACACAUUUUCAAAGGAACAGAUAAGGAAUUAAAAGAGAUUUUCAGUAUAUUAGUCAAAAAUAAAAUGAAGCCAUUUAAUACUGUAAUGACAGACAACAGUAUAUCUCUGUCUAAUAUUGUAGACUGUUUAAGCCCGAGUGUAAAUAUUCCCAGGCGGCUAACAGAAAAAAUAAUCAAAGCAUCACUUGAUAAAAAAGUGAACCGGUGGUUCUUCUUAGAGAGGAUUAUAAAUUCACAGAUUAAAGCCGGGAAUGAGUAUAAAUUAACAAUGUUAUUAGAGCAGGAAGAUCCAACUAAAUUCAAGAAAUUACUUGAUUUAUUAAUAUACACCGUAGAUUUAGACAUAAACAAUGAAUUUAUAGACAAAAUAACUGAAUAAUCAGUUAUUUCCAUUAAAAUUUUGAUAAAAACCGUUAUAUCCCAUAAAUUGGUUUAGUAAAUAAAUGUAAAAAUAC